AUGACGGCGCGCUCCUGCGCACUAGCAGAUGUGCAGUCGCAAACAAUUGGGAACCAAAUUGAAACCAAGAUGCGGACCCUAGCAUCCUGCGGAAAGCCUGCGAUUGAGAUUGAGCUCGGUGGCAGCCAUGGAGUGCACGGGAAAUGGGUUACCAGCUACUCCACCAUGGACACCAUCAAAGGGACGGUUUCCGUAGUAGCGCCCCAUGAUACCCCCUUCGAAGAUAUUGAGAUUGCCUUCGUAGGUACAAUUCAAGUCUACGUCGAUAGAGCAACUCCCACACCAUCCAUCACCGGUCGCACAGAGGCCACUCAUCGAUUCCUAACGCAGAAGCAACCCAUCGAAAACACCGAAUUCCCUUACCCGCGGAAGCUGCUCGCAAACAAGAAAUACGUCUUCCCAUUCACUUUCACGGUUCCAGCUCAGCUGCUCCCCAAGGCAUGUUCGCACAACGUGUCAAGCGACGCCGUCCGCCACAACCACUUGAUGCUCCCGCCAAGCAUGGGCGAUCCGGACGUCGCUGGAUUCGGCACAACGCUGUUGGACGACCUCGCGCCGGAGAUGACCAAGGUCGUCUACAUGAUCCGGGUGCGCAUACUCCAAGAAGGGAAAUCGUUCCCCUUGCUGGUGGAGAAAACGAAGAAGGUCCGCGUCAAGCCAGCUUUCGAGGAGCAACCACCCCUCACGGUCAGCAACGACGACGCAGAGUACCGCCUGCGCCACGAAAAAUCCAUCAAAAAGGGGCUCUUCAAGGGCAAACUGGGAACCCUGACCGCCGAAAGCGCUCAACCGAAACCCCUCGUCAUCCCCGGCGCACGCUCAACGAACAACUGCCGCAUCACCACCAUGGCCAAACUCUUCUUACGUUUCGAUCCCGCCGACGAAUCCCACGACCCACCAUCCCUCGGCUCCGUGAAGAGCAAAAUCAAAGUAACGACGUACUACGCGUCAGCACCCCGAAAGGACUUUCCCAUACGUUCUGCCCUGGCAUACGACGUAGCGCAAGGGGUCUACCAAACGACCCUCCCCCUCUCGACUCUCUGCAUCGCAUCCGCCAAAUGGACAAAGCACUCCUCCGACUCAAAUCCCAACCCCUUCCCCCGCCGGGACUCGUGCCUCUCGGAUCGCUCAAGCCUCUCCCACACCUCGCUCUCGGCCUGCAACAUCCCCACCCCCGCGCAAGACUACAAGGGAGGAAUCUUCUACACAGCCGCCAUCCUCGUCCCCAUCGCCCUCCCACUGAACAAAAAUUUCCUCCCUACCUUCCACAGCUGUCUCGUUUCCCGCGUCUACGUCCUCAGCCUGCAACUCUCCUUGUCCACGCCCGGCUCCUCGGCCAUCGUGGGCAGCUCGACGAUGAGUCUCCGGGUGCCGGUGCAGAUAUGCGCCGAGGGCAGCGAUGAGGGGAUGGCGAAUGCGAGGGUUCGGGCGGCGGAGGAGAGGGUCGGGGAGGAGAUGGUGGAGGAGGAGGUAUUCAUGAGGGCGAUGAGUUUGGGGCUGCCGCCGAGUGUGGGGGGAGGAGGGGGAGUGGAGGAGGAGCCGCCUGAGUAUGGGGCUGUGAGGAGUGUGGGGAGGUAUAGGACGACGGUUACGGUUGUGACGUGA